CAAAAAAAGAACAAUUAUCCUCUGCGUGGUUGUUCUGUUAUUUCUGUUUCUCCUCAUUUCUGCGUCUUUUGUCUCUCUCUUUCAAACAUAGAUUUUUCCGACACCAUCACCAACCACACCACCUUUGCCAACCUUGUUUCCUUAAAAAUCAUUGUUUUCACGGUGGUUAUACAAAGAAGCUAUAUACCAUAAGGGUUGAGGAGGUUCUUUCUUCAACCCCAGGUUUUUUUCUUCUUCAAAUUCCACAAUGAUUUUGAUGAUCAUUUUCCCCUGUGAAUUGUUGUGAUGUGAAAGAUGCUUGUGGGUUUUGCAUGAAGGUUGUGAUAUAUAACAACUAGCAUGCAUCAAAAGAUAGAAAAAUUGAAGAUGGGUGAAAUCAAGAUGGUGUCGCCAAUGGCGCAGACACAGGCUAUGUCUGUGAGCACGCCGAGGAAGAAAAUGACAAAACAAUUGACAGGAAAAAGGGAUGAUACACAUUUGCAUUCUGCGGCAAGAGCGGGGAAUUUGGAAGUUGUGAGAGAAACCCUUAAAGGUGCUGAAGAAGAUGGGUUGGUUGAAUUGUUGGCUAGGCAGAAUCAAGAUGAUGAAACGGCUCUUUAUGUUGCGGCUGAAUAUGGUUAUGUUGAUGUUGUUAGGGAAAUGAUUCAAUAUUAUGAUCUUGCUGAGGCUGGAAUUAAAGCCAGAAAUGGUUUUGAUGCGUUUCAUAUUGCUGCUAAACAAGGAGAUAUAGAUGUAUUGACGAUCCUAAUGGAAGUUCAUCCAGAAUUGUCAAUGACAGUGGAUCCAUCAAACACAACAGCUUUGCACACAGCCGCAGCACAAGGACAUAUUGAAAUAGUAAAUUUCCUAUUGGAAGCAGGAAGUAGCUUAGCAACCAUUGCUAAAAGUAACGGUAAAACCGCUCUUCAUUCUGCCGCAAGAAACGGACAUUUGGAGGUUGUGAAAGCACUUCUUGAGAAAGAGCCUGGUGUUGCAAUAAGGACUGAUAAAAAGGGCCAAACAGCACUUCACAUGGCUGUUAAGGGACAAAAUCUUGAUGUAGUGGAAGAAUUGAUAAAAUCCGGUCCUUCAUCGAUAAACAUGGUUGAUACUAAAGGAAACACAGCAUUGCAUAUAGCAACCAGGAAAGCCAGGGCUCAGAUUGUAAAGAUGCUUCUAGCACAAAAGGAAACAGAUACAAAUGUUGUUAAUAGAUCAGGCGAAACCGCGGUAGACACUGCUGAGAAAAUAGGGAACCAAGAGGUUAGAGCCAUUCUAUUAGACCAUGGAGUUCAAAGUGCGAAAACCAUAAAACCACAAGGAACAACAACAGCUCGCGAGCUAAAACAAACCGUCAGCGACAUAAAAAACGAGGUACAUUACCAACUAGAACACACCCGACAAACACGAAAACGCGUACAAGGAAUCGCGAAACGGAUCAACAAAAUGCAUACAGAAGGACUCGACAAUGCAAUAAACUCAACAACCGUUGUUGCAGUACUAAUAGCAACGGUUGCAUUUGCCGCGAUUUUCACCGUCCCUGGUCAAUUUGUGGACGAUCCAAAAAAUAUUCCACCGGGGAUGACACUCGGUGAAGCGAAUAUAGCGCCAGAAGCACCGUUUAUAAUAUUUUUCGUGUUUGAUUCAAUCGCGCUCUUCAUUUCUCUGGCUGUUGUGAUAGUUCAAACGUCGGUCGUGGUUAUAGAAAGCAAGGCGAAGAAACAAAUGAUGGCGAUUAUCAAUAAGCUAAUGUGGUUGGCUUGUGUGCUUAUUUCUGUGUCAUUUUUGGCAUUGUCAUUUAUUGUGGUUGGAAAGGAAGAAAAAUGGAUGGCAAUAUGUGUUACCAUUAUAGGGACAACUAUAAUGGCAACAACAUUGGGAACUAUGUGUUAUUGGGUGAUUAGGCAUAGAAUUGAGGCCAAAAAUUUGAAGAACAUAAGGAAAUCUUCAUUGGAUAGUAGUGCAAAGUCAUUCUCUGUGGCUCCUUUAUCAGAUUCGGAGUUGAUAAACAAUGACUUUAAGAAAAUGUAUGCUAUUUAGGAGAGUUAUACUAACAUUGUUUUCCUUAUUCAUUUUUUUUCUUCUGAUUCUUUAAUGUAUAGCACCAGACUUGAUGGAACUAUGUCCAACUAAGGUGGAAUUUCAAAUGUAUAUCUCUCAAGAAAUGGCUAUAUAUGUAAACAAAAACAGUGUACUACUAACCAGAUGAUACUAUAGUAAAUAGUCUCAUUCAUUCCAAUAGGGGUUGUAAAAUCUCUUUUUAA